GAUCGAGUGAAAGGCUGGUCCGUCCUAAAAUACCUGUUGAUCCGGACUUUCGAAGUUGGUGCAUCUUGAGAGGAUUAUGGCUGGCACCGCGCGGCAUGAUCGGGAGAUGGCACUGAAUGCAAAGCGGCUAUUGUCCACAACUGUAGACCCAGUGGAGCGGCUGCGAUUGCAGUGUUUGGCACGAGGGUCUGCGGGUAUCAAGGGUCUGUCCAGAGUUUUCAGGAUCAUGGACGAUGACAAUAACCGUACUCUGGACAUGAAGGAGUUCCUCAAGGGCUUAAAUGAUUAUGGCAUAAUCAUGGAAAAGGAUGAAGCUGUGAAGCUCUUCCAGCAAUUUGACAGGGAUGGCAGUGGGCUCAUUGACUUUGAUGAAUUCCUCAUCACAUUAAGGCCACCCAUGUCCAAUGCUAGGAAGCAGGUGAUCAUGGAAGCUUUUCGAAAGCUGGACAGGACUGGUGAUGGAGUCAUCACAGUUGAAGACUUAAAGGGAGUUUACAAUGCCAAACACCACCCCAAAUAUCAGAAUGGAGAGUGGACUGAGGAGCAGGUGUUCCGCACAUUCCUGGACAACUUUGACUCCCCUUAUGACAAGGAUGGGAAGAAGUCAUCAGCUUGGCACGUAUGAAAAUGUAAAGAAAACAAAUAACUAAAUGGAGCAAAGGAGAUGCAUGCAGGAAAGUAAAAUUAUAUGAAUUUGGUGAACAUUUCCAAGAAAGUACUUGUAUCCUUCACUCUACAAAUAUGUCUCUUAAGGAGGUUUCCGCGUGAGGAAUGCAAACGGAUCGAAGAUCCUCGCGUUUUUUUAACGUGUGCAGUCACCGCUUGUUGAUUGAUACAUUACAGCGAUGUUCAUGGUAAUACAACAGGUUCGACCAUCUUAUGGAGAUGCUGACUUGCAUGUAACGUAUUUUCCUCCACCUCCAUUGCCUCUCUGUUUUGUUGCGCUAGGUCACGCAAGAUGAGUUUAUGAAUUACUAUGCAGGCGUGAGCGCUUCCAUCGAUUCGGAUGUCUACUUUAUCGUUAUGAUGCGCAACGCCUGGAAGAUGAACUAACGACCUAACCCAUAAUCCUUAGGGUAACAACCCUUGACCCCUGGGACCUGAAGCGGCUUUUUCUUUCACACAGUGUCCAUUUUUAAC